AUGACAAUCCUGCAGAUUGAUAAUGAAGAGAAUGAAGAAAUCGAAGAACUUGGGAACUUCCUAGUUUUAGUAUUAGCUUAUAGCCGCGUGGAAGUACUGUACUACAGCCAACUUCAGGUUGUUCGCUUGGUUGUGAGCAAGACAGCUGCUGGACAGCUUUACCAUCACUUGAUUCCUUUUGUUCUUCUUAUUGUUGGUAGCAGUCCAUUUGAUGUUGUGGAUCCAAGCUGGGAGUUGUAUGUCCUGAUCCAGAGGAAAACAGAUCAGCAGGGGGAAAUCUAUAAUAGGUUGCUUGGUUUUACAGCUGUAUAUCGUUUUUACCAUUAUCCUGAUAGUUCUCGGUUGCGGAUUGGUCAGAUAUUGGUAUUGCCUCCUUAUCAACACAAGGGUUGUGGACGAUACCUUCUUGAGGUUCUCAAUGAUGUUGCAAUAUCUGAAAACGUCUAUGACCUCACAGUUGAUGAACCAUUGGAUUACUUUGAACAUGUACGCACUUGUGUUGAUGUACUGCGCCUUCAUAAGUUCGAUCCAAUCAAGCAUGCAGUCAGCUCAGCAGUUUCGCAACUAAAGCAAGGAAAAUUGUCGAAGAAGACACACCCUCCUCGACUCAUGCCAGACACUAGAGUCAUUGAGGAUGUCCGGAAAAGUUUGAAAAUCAACAAGAAACAGUUUCUUCAGUGUUGGGAGGUUUUCCUUUAUCUCGGCCUUGAUCAUGUGGACAGGUAUAUGGAUGAUUUUGUGGGAAUUAUUUCUAAUCGCAUGAAGGAUGACCUUAUCGGAAAAGAUUAUGGGACUGGUGGGAAGCAAGUGAUUGAAGUUCCAAGCAAUUAUGAACCCGAGAUGUCAUUUGUGAUGUUCAGGUCACAAGCUGGUGAAGCUGCUAGUACUGUUCAGAUAGAUGAGAAUCAACCAAAUCAGGAGGAGCAACUCCAGCAGUUAGUUGAUGAGAGAGUGAAAAAGAUCAAAUCAAUAGCCGAGAAAGUGUCUGUGGAACUCUCUAUCAUUGCUGAGGCAUCAUAAAGGACUUCGAUUUUGGCGAUGCCCUUGUACUUUACCAAUUGAUGCAAUCUGUAGGGUGAAAGUGGUUUGUGGGUUGGAAUAUCGGAGGCUUAUCUGUAAAUCUUUGAGCUCUAUGCUUGCAUCCUAGCUUUUGUUAUUCGAAUAUUUGCAGAACUUUAUUACUUCUCAUGAAAUUGAGCAGCUAACGCUACCUUUAACA